AACAAGUAUCAAACGAAAAAACAGCAAAUGUUUCCAUAUUGGGACAAGCCAGAAUUAAGAAUUACUUUUAUUAUUUCCAUAAUACAUUAUCCAAAAUACGAAGUUUGGUCAAAUAUGCCGAUACGAGAUAUUGAAUUGACGGACGAUAUAAUGAUGUGGACAUUUUUUAACGUCACUCCUUUAAUCUCCAUAGAUAGAGUAGCAUUUCUGGUAUCCAGUUUUCGUCACGUCAUCCUCUCGGAUAAUGAAACAAUUUGUUCGUCCAUAACGUACAGACCACAAUCGGAACCGCAUUUAGAAUUUGCGAAAACUGUUAUUUCUUCCACCAAUGUAUACAUGCAUAGAUGGAAUAUUUGGAACAAAGAACUUGCGCCGCUAACCUCUGUUUCAUUAGAAAACAAAAUAGAUCAUGUCAUAAUUCCGGAUUUACAAAAUGAAAUUGAACAGACUUUUGGUUUCAUUUUUUAUCGAGAAGCAGAUAUCACUUAUAAUGAAGAAUUAGAUCCUGUCGCAUACAAAACGAUAAUUGCGCGCUUAAUUGCACGUGGGAUGAUACAAAAAUACAUUAGAAAUCUGUUCAGACCAACUUACUUAUGGCCUCAUAUAUUGUUAAACGAAGGAUUUAAUAUAUUUUAUUCAGCACAAAUUAUCGAAAAGGAUAUUUUGUUAAUAAUGUUAUUACUAUUUGAAUACGCAGUCAAAUGAUUAACCGUUUAGCAAUGCAGA